AUGGCAAGUGGGAAACUAGGAGACACCACACGGCUUAACACCGACGAGCCCUCCGUCGAACGACAUUUCGAAGGUGUUGAGGUGCUAGAAUGGAACAAGCAACUCACAGCACGAGUUUUCAUUGUCUGUCUAUUCAUUGGCAGCUUCAUGACCAUCCUUCUCAUGAAGCUAAACAUUGUCACAGCCUUCAUCCUCACCGGCACUAUCCCUCCUUACCUUCUCAGUCUUUUUAUUCUUAAGACAUGGACUAUCAUUUUAGAUACAAUUGGCAUACUCAAGAAUCCUAUUACUCGACAAGAGACUGUAGUCAUGCAUGGUUGUCUUGUUGGCUAUUUUAGCAUCGUCUAUUAUGGUGGAUUUUCAAAUGCUUUACUCGGAAUGAGUUCAUUGGUGGCAAAACAAUUUGAGCAAGGGAGAGGAGGGAAUAACUGGACAACCAUUAGGCCCGGUUGGAUGAUCAUGUACCUUUUCUUGGUUAACUUUAUUGGUUUGUUCACUCUGAUUCCAGUGGCCAAGAUAUUGAUCCUUCGUCUUAGGCUAACAUACCCUUCAGGCUGCAACGUGUCUCACUUCAUCAAUGUCAUCCACAUGCCUACAGAGGCAUUGCAUAAGAGGUUUUAUACAAGCAUUUCUCCUGGUCAGAUUGCUAUAGGGUUGAUUUGCCCUCAGAUUGUCUCCAUCUCAUACUUGAUUGGUGGUUUUAUUUCAUGGGGAAUCAUUUGGCCAAUUUUCAAAAGCAAAGAAGGGAUAUGGUACCCACUUGGCAAAGCUCAAACCCUGCAUGGCCUCUAUGGCUACAAAAUUCUACUCACCACUGCAGUCCUUCUCGGUGAAGGCCUCUUCCACGUAAGUGUCAUUCUGUUUAAAGGUUUCCAUGAUACUUAUCUCAAGAAAAAGCAGAAAGGUUUCAUCGUUCCCCUCCACGAACACCACCACCGGCACAACACCGAUGCUUCCAUGAUGGCUAACUUGAGCUACGACGAUCGCCUUCGCACCAAAAUGUUUCUCAAAGGUCACAUUCCGACACCGAUAACCAUCGGUGGGUUUCUUCUCACCGGGACGAUAUCCGCGGUGGCCAUCCCUUUCAUCUUCCCACAAGUAGAACCAAUCCACAUUGCGGUGGCGUACAUUAUCGCACCGGUGUUGAAUUUUUGCAAUGCAUACGGUGUCGGUGUUUCGGACUUCAGCUUUGCUCCUGGUUAUGGGAGGUUUGCCAUCUUCUUAUUUGGGAGCUGGAUUGGAUUGAGUCAAGGAGGAGUUCUUGGUAGUUUAGUAGCUUCAAGUGUGGUAGUGGCAGUAAUGUUACCAGCCACUGACCUAAUCCAAAACUUGAAGUUAGCCUACAUGACCUUAACCUCACCUAGAUCACUCCUUAUUGGGCAAGCAAUUGGCACUGCAAUGGGUUGUGUUUUUGGUCCCAUUGUCUUCUACUACUACUACAACUUACCCGACUUUGGGCAGCCAGACUCAGAAUACCCUAUAUAUGGUGGAAAGACCUACAGAGCACUUGCUAUUGCUGCAACUCAAGGUUCAGAAGGGCUACCAAAGCACGCUCUGCUUUUUGCUGUUAUCUUCUUCUUUAUCUCACUUGCACUAAACAUAGUGAAGGAGUUGUCCAAGUCCAUGAACUUAGGACUGCACCCUUAUAUUCCAUACCCAGUAGCCAUGGCCAUCCCUUUUUAUCUCAGUGCUAACUUUUCUUUUGAUGUUGGGGUUGGAAGUCUUAUUCUUUAUGUAUGGAACCGGGUGGACCGCCGGAGUGCUGGCUUGAAUGUUCCGACUGUGGCUUCUGGAUUGUUCGCCGGAGAUGCCUUUUGGUCUCUUGUUGCUGCUUUGCUUUACAAUCAGGUUCCACCGGUUUGUGUGAGGUUUUUUAGUAGAGAGGACUAUAUGAACUUAGAGAAUAACCUCAAGAAAUAUCCUCUUUAG